GUGUACGUCAGUCUCGCAGUCAACGAUCCUCUCCAUCCAACCGACUGAAACCGUCUGGCUCCGUCGGCGACUCUUCAACCCCAGGCCAUGGUUCUCCUCCUCGCGGAGCGCCUGCUACCACCAAAUAUGCCGCUCCAGGACAACAAUCCGUUUCACCACACGACACACAAAUACCGUACAUUUCUACUGAUUCACCAUCCUUCGCUGCUCUCUCCGAUGCCUCCUCCAACUCAGUCUCCUUCUCCACCGUUCGUUUGAUAAAUUGGCGCCGGUUUCUGCUCGCCGCCAGUCUUCCUUGGCCUGGACUACCCUCACCUGUCCAGUUGGUGUUGAUAGCCCAGCGACUCCGGCAACUCGCUGCGCUCCCACCUCCAGACAUGACGGUUGUAACUCAGAUCGAAGAGAUGCGCCGAGUCAGACGACCGUCGUCAGCUAAAGUUGGCCAACCGGUGGAGCCGGAGUGGAUGAAUGUCGCGAAGACUGUGACAGGAGGGACAGCAAAGUUGUCUGAGAGAGAGGAGCAGAAAGUCGAGGAAGAAUCGAGCGUAGGGAAAUCAGAAGAGGAGGCAAAACUGGAGCCAGAGGGACGGGCGGAGAUGGGAGUAACGACAUCUCUUUCGCAAGGAUGGCUAAAUGCUCGGUUGACUCAAGCACAAUUUCGUUACGCCGGAUUCGCCUGGUGGUCGUUAGAGCACGAGAGAACCAACUUUCUGACCGAGUGGCUGUUCAAUCUUUUCUGCGAGCCGGCCGUUCAAGGAACGGGUGACCGAGAACCGAACGAGAUUACAAAAGACGACGAGCCUCUUACUUCGUCUGUCCAGCAUUCGCUCUGGUCAAAAUCUGCUCUUAUUGACUGUACUGAGCUUCUCCUGAACCUGGCC